AUGUCGACGCUGCAGCAGCAGCAGCAGCAGCCGGUUCCGGGCGCCGACCCGGCUGGCCUCCUCCUCCUCCUCCUGCCGCGGCCGGCGCUGCUGCUGCUGGGUCCCGCUGGCUCGGGGCGCUCGGCGCUCUCGUUCCGCGCGGCGCUGCUGGGCGCUUCCUCCUCCUCCUCCUCGCGGGCUCGCGCGCUUUUCUUGGCGCCGCGGCCUCUGGAGCGCCUGCCGGCCGGGGGCGCAGAUGCAGCCGGAGCCGGAGCCAUCCAGGUGGGUGGGCGAGUGGGUAGGUGGGCCAGCAGCCCACCCAUGAGGCCAGAUUGCGGGACCGGAUUUAGGGCGCGGUGGGCGGCGACUCCCGCGCAAAGGGCGCUCAGCUGAGGGAGUGAGUAACAACAACAAAAAUACCUAUACAGUAUUUAUGUGGGUCCCUACUGAGAUUAAUAAAAAAAAAGCAGCUGUACCAAAAUGAAUUAUUGUGAAAAUAAGAGAUAUUUUUUGGGGUGGGUGUCACAUUUUGUCCUCAUUCAAGGUGCCACUGAAAUUUGAAAGGCCGAAGUCCACUGCUGCACCAGGGGACAAAUAUGGUAAUAUGGCGCCCUGAGCAAGGACAAAAAUUGGUGCCCCUCCCCAAAUAUUAUUUUGCAUUCCCUCGACUCCUGCUAUGGGGGUUUAGGAUUGUGCAGUUGGUUCCCCGCCCCCCCCCCGGGGGCAUGGAGUCGAGGGGAUGCAAAAUAAUAAUAUUUGGGGGGGAGCACCAAAUUUUGUCCUUGCUCAGGGUACCAUAUUCAUAGCUGUCAAUGUUUCCCUUUUCUUGUGAGGAAUCCUAUUUGAAAUAAGGGAAUUUCCCUUUUAAAAAGAGGAAAUUGACAGCUAUGGCCAUAUUAGGGACGCAGGUGGUGCUGUGGGUUAAACCACAGAGCCUAGGACUUGCUGAUCAGAAGGUUGGUGGUUCGAAUCCCCACGACGGGGUGAGCUCCCAUUGCUCAGUCCCUGCUCCUGCCAACCUAGCAGUUCGAAAGCACGUCAAAGUGCAAGUAGAUAAAUAGGUGGGAAGGUAAACGGCGUUUCCAUGCGCUGCUCUGGUUCGCCAGAAGCGGCUUAGUCAUGCUGGCCACAUGACCCGGAAGCUGUACGCCGGCUCCCUCGACCAAUAAAGCGAGAUGAGCGCCGCAACCCCAGAGUCGGUCACGACUGGAUCUAAUGGUCAGGGGCCCCUUUACCUUUUUAUGGCCAUAUUACCAAAGUAAUAUGCAAGUGAGGCAACCACUGCCCUGGCCUGUAGUGUGGCUUAUUCAUUCCUACGAAUUGGCCAUUAACACUCUUCCCUUUCAACUCCUAGAGAAUCCACUUCCUGUACCCGCCAUCGUUCCGGGAGCUGCUUCAGCUGGUGGCCUCCCUACAUGAAACUUUUUCCUGCUCCCUCUCCCUAGUCGUUCUGGAUGGCUUGGAGGAAUACUUGGGCAGCUGCUCCAGCCCAGCGAUGGCAGCUCAGCUUGUGGCUUUGCUGCUGGACACAGCGAACCAUUUCAGCCAGAAGCUCCCCGUGGAGUCUGCUGCAGGCUGCAAGCUCGUCGUUUCCAUGAGGCUUUCUGGAGAAGCUGGGGAACAAGCGGAGUAUUUCUCAGCAAUUGAGCGCUACUUCCCAGCCCAGUGCUGGCUGCAUCCGAGCACAGAGGAGAUUGCUGAUUCAGGUAGCCAGGGCAUCACCAAGCUGAUUAGAGCACGUCUCUCCCAGCCGGGCACUAAGGACCAAGAAUGGCUGGUGAGAUUCGAUCCACAAGGGGACAUGAGGAUUUCUCUGCUUCCGUGCGAAGGGGAAGUUGAUGGGUGCACAGCUUCGAGGAGCGAUCGACCCCCUGAGACUUAA